CGUUACGAAGAUGCAGGUCUACAACUCGAAACAACUGAACGCACAACAGAUAUAGUUCGUUUCUGGGAGGUAUGUCAUACAAUUCAUUCAUUGACGAUUGUUAUGUAGCAAAAAGGGCACACGUUCCUGCUUCUGGUUCGCGUUGCUAAGGAUGUCCUACCUGCUCAGGCUUCAUCCGUGCCUUCCGAGUGUAUAUUUUCAUCCAGCAAAGAGACCUGUACUCUGUGGCGCAGUAACCUAUCUCCGACCACACAUUGCAUGAAGCACUACAAGUUCUGAAGUUCGUCUACAAGCAAGACUACACAAUAUGUGGGCCUGUGACUCCGAAAGCUGUUGACGAGCUGAUGGCUACUGGGAAUCUUCAAGAGCUCGAUCAGUUGCUCGCGAAUGCAAAGGACAUUGGUUCUGUCUGCUCAUUGUGUAGCUACGUCGCUGUAUCGCUGGCUUCUCAUUGGCUGGACUACCGGUCCGUAUCACUCCCGAACUCGUUACCAAUUCGCGAGUCAAACAAGGCACAAUUCGUGAGGUCAAUUUCCCACAUCGACUCGCCUCGGCGGCAACUCUGUCUGUGGUGUAUGUCUCAUCUCUGUGCUCUACAUUCCAAAUGUAACCCGUAUUCCGUCUCCCUUUUCAAAUUACCACAUCGAUUCGGCUCGGCGGCAACUCUGUCUAUGAUGUGUGCCCUCUACAUUCGAAUUGUAACCUCCCUGAAUAUUGCAACCGUCGGUAUUCAAUUUGGUGCAUUUGUCCUAAUCGUAGGAUAUGGAUUCUCUUGCAUCACACACAUGCAGGCAAACUAGAAAACAAACCAUUCCGCUUUUUCUCAAAAGUGUGAAUCGAAGGGAAUCUAAACGAUGGUGAGCUAGCAUUCGACGGCUUCCGCGAC